GGACAAAUCAACAGACCGAUGAAUUCCAAGACUUCCUACACUGAUAAAGCUAUCCUCACACCCCGUAAUGGAACCGUCGAUGAAAUCAAUGCUUACACCAUCUCACGGACCGAUGGGGUAUCAAGAGAUUACUUCAGCUCAGACAGCUUUGAGUUAUCAGAUACUACAUCAGAUCAAAAUGAUACAUUAUACGCCGUUGAGUAUCUCAACUCAUUGGAAUUCUCGGGUUUGCCUUCGCACAAACUAACUCUGAAAGUUGGUGCCCCAGUUAUGCUUCUCAGAAACAUAAAUCAGAAAAAGGGAUUAUGCAAUGGUACACGAAUGAUCCUAACCCACGUUGGCGAUCGCGUGCUCAAGGCCGAGAUUAUCACUGGCUCCCACAUUGGAAAAGAGGUCUUGAUCCCAAGAAUUGUACUUUUGUAUGAUGAAACAAAGUUACCGUUCACAUUACGUCGGCGGCAAUUUCCUAUCAGAUUGUGCUACGCAAUGACAAUCAACAAAAGCCAAGGCCAGAGUUUAAAAGAGGUCAUCUUAUAUCUGCCUAAACUUGUCUUCUCUCAUGGUCAACUUUAUGUGGCUCUCUCACGUGUCACAAGCAAAGCAGGAUUAACGAUCAUCAAAACCGAAGAUUCCCACCAGCUGAAAGUGAAGAACAUAGUCUACAAAGAAAUAUUCAAAGGCCUUCCUCCCGACAAAAGUAAUUUUAAAUAACUUAGUAGUUUUCACUCCCAUCAUUUUCAGAGGUCUUCUGAUAAAAUAUUAUAUUCACAGAUUAACAAUGCCCGACAUAUCAACCAAGCGCUGAUACAAUCCAAUAAAGAAGAGACUUACACAUAGGUUUUUCCCCAGCUAAGCCAGGUACAAACCUUUUUAUAUAAAUAGCAAUACUGAUGUAUUUACCUAAAUUUAUGCUAACUAACUUAUUUUUAUCCAAUUUCAGGUCAUUUCUUUCUUAUGACCCUCAACACAACUUCUGAUCAGAGAAAGAUUUAAUCUGUUUCUUACAUUAUUUAUUUUAUUUACGAUUUUUUUUGCUUUUAAACAAUUGCGUAAACUCAAUAUUCACCAAUUUUUUAGACAUUUUGGAACAUGCUUCCAUUUCAAACAAAAAUAUUGAAAUUUAUAAUCAAAAUUCGACUAUCGACACACUUUUCUGCGCAUCGCUCGGAGAGAGAACCUAGUAUAUAUAAUGGAGCUCUUUCCUGUUUUCUCGAGGCAUCCACGUAUGCAAAUCAUUAAGUAUGUGGGUCCCAUUUAGUGAUUGGUUUUCCGGUUUAUUUUUGUUCGGAUGGUUUGUUGAUUGGGCUUCGAUUGUGAUUGUCGUCUGGUCUAAUUUCAGCCUUUAGCGCUUUGUUUAACACAAACGUUGCGUUUUGUGAUUAAUCUGAAAUUAGGGUUUGGCCGUUGUUACCUUCCUCACAUAAUCAAUCCGCCGUUAUCCCCUCUCCGUAAUGAUCUGCAAACAGUUGUUCCUCUUCUCAUCUCUACACUUCACAUGUCCGUAUCUCUUCAUCUCCCUUGAGGAUCGAUGUCUCGCUUUUAAUUCGUGAGUAAUUGUUACUCACAUUAACCCCAGUUACGAUGUCGACGCUUCCGUUUCCUUCGCUUUUGAUCUAUAUAUCAGCGUCUUGAGAGGAUGAUUAACUUCAUUGUUACCGUUACGACCCGAGCUGUUGUUCGUUUCCUCAUUGAACCGAGGGUCGUCGUUUACCUAUCUUUGUGGGAUGAUGUUGCAUCAAUGUUUAGAGGACUCAUCAGCUCAGGUGAUAGGACACAGACAGUGAUGGUGGUCACUACUGUGAAUCCCAAAAUAUUUGGAGGUAACCUAUACCUCAACUCAACUCCAUCGACCAAAUUUUAUUUUGACCCCGCCCUUCAAGCCAGCCAGCUUAGAAGGACCAGUCCGACAAGCUUUUCCUUGUAUCGAUACCAAAGAAGGGAUAAAAAAAAGGAAGUCGUCUGAUUAGGAAAGCUAAACAAGUUCAUUUCCAAUUCUAACGAGCAGACACUUGAAGCUGAAUUUAUUUGCAAGGCUUGGGUUGUUGAUGUCCUGCAACAAAAUGGGUGGUAUUUCGUCUCUUGCACUGGCUGCAGCAGGAAGCUAGACAAAGAUGGGACUUCUCUCCGUUGCAUCCGUUGUGUUAAUCCCAACGCAACUGGCGCCAUCAAGUAUCGCGUUGAACUUUUAGUUGAUGAUGGAAAUGAUAAUGCCACUUUUGUGGUGUUCGACAGGGAAAUGCUUAAACUAACUAAGCAAGACGCAGCUGGCCUAAAUCUCGAUGAGAUAAAUGGUGGUGGCAGCAUGGAACUCCCACAAUGCCUUAAAACCUUGGUGGACAAGAUUUUGUCUUCCAGAUACGUGUGACACCAUUCAAUUUUAGCCCAAGCCACCGUACUUUCACAGUUUCCGCAAUCAUUAACACCAUCGGCCCCGAGACUUUCAAAACCAAUGCAGCUGAAUUUGUUCCGGUGGAAGGUGGUGAAGCAUCGGCUACGGGCAGCAACAUGACUGGAGGUGAAGAGAAAGAACCAAAUCCAUCCGAUGCUGGAGGCAAAGGGAGUAGCCGUAAACGUCCCCGUGAGUGAAGUUACAAAGCCGUCGCAACGUCAACCCACUUCUGCUUUCUUUUCUUUCCAUUUCGUUACGUAGUAUGCUUUUUUAUUUUCGGACUUUGCAUGAGUUUUCAUAUUUGAAGGGUUUUGUUUUAUUAAGACACUUAUGAUUUGGAUAUUUAUCAAAAAUGGGUUGACGUAAUUUUUAGCAUGGUUGUUAUUUUUUGGU